AUGUCUUUUAUUUUUCUUGCAGAAACAGCCAAAGCCAGAAUUAAAAAAGAAAAAGAAAAAAAAUUCUACCCCACCAAAGGUUUCUGUGAUGCUAAAGAAAAGCUCCUAAAGACCAAGGUUGUUGUCAUCAAGGGAAAUACAGGAGACGGUAAGACAGCAAUCGCCGUUCAACUCCUCCAUUGGCUGAGUGAGGAGCAGCAAGCCGGAAAACCCCUGCAAAUUCACAAGAUUAAGACAUUAGAUUUUUUGGCUCCAAACAUGAAAUUGAUCACUUUUAUUGAUGAUAUUUUUGGUGAGAAAGAUGCGAGUAAAAAGGAUGUACAAAAGUGGAACAAAAGAAUCUCAGAUGUAGAAACGCUAUUUGUAGAUAAACAAACCCAGACCAAUUUUCUCAUCAUUACUAUUCGUAAUGAAGUAUUCAAUUCUUUGGAAAAACGUUCUCUUGGAACAAUUUUAACCGAAGAUAACAUUAUUGAUCUGAGCUCACAUACAUACAAACUUGCAGAAGAAAAAAGAGAACUUUUAGAGCUGUAUAAGCCAAAAAACUUUUCAUGGACAGACAAAGAAAAAACACAAAUUUUAACUUAUGCACCAAACAUUGGAUUCCCGCAAUGUUGCCAGCUUUUCUACAAUUCUGAAGAAUUACAGAAAGAGCGAGAGAGAUUUUUUGAAAAUCCUUUUCAUUUUUUGAAUGAAGCAUUGUCAAAAUUACAAGAAUGUUCUGCACUUUUGUACCUCUUCCUCAUUGGCGGAAUGAUGAUAGUAAAAGAUCUUGAUCCAAACAGUAAAACCGUCGAUGAAAAAUUGCUGGAACAAGCAUUUUCAAUAAAGUUGAUUGGUGGUAAAAAUCACACAGCCACUCCGUUCUGUAACAAAAUUGGAAAAAUGGGAUUUAUAAAGGACAGUUUCGAUGAAUUAUUAGGCUUUUUGGUAAAGAAGGAGAAACAUUGGUCUGGUGAGGAUGUGUACAGAUUUAAUCAUGAUUCUAUUUAUGUUGCUGUGGCACUUUUGUAUGGGAAAGCCACACCAAUUGGCUACAUACAGAAUUGUCCCAGGAAAUCCCUCAGAUAUCUAACAACCUCAGAGACAGCUACAAACAUGAUUGUCAUAUCAUCUGUUCAUUAUACAGAUAUGUGUGAGCGUCUACUCCCAGAGUUUGAAUGUAAGGCGUAUCUAGAUGGUACUAGUAGUAUUGGCUUUCUAGAUGUAUGGAAUGAUCCUGUAUUUGUUGAAAGAUUUGUCGGGUUGUUGGAUGACAGAAAAGAUGAUAAACUUGCUUUGAUAAAUAAAGCAUGUUAUUCUGGUGCAGCAGAAUGUGCUUUAUAUCUUCUGUCAGAAGGUGUAAAACCUGACAAGUACGCAGCAUUGUGGUUAUUGAUUGACAGACAUUGGAAUGAUAGUAACAGACAAGUGUGUUUACUUAAAAAAAUUGUUGUAUACUUGAAUGAUGAGACAAAAGUUGAUGUGUUGAAUAAAGCAUGUUAUUCUGGUGCAGAAGAAUGUGUUUUAUAUCUUCUGUCAGAAGGUGUAAAACCUGACAGGGAGACAGUGUUUAGUGUGGUGAGGGAAGGGCGUGUGAAAGUGUUACGUAAACUACUGCAGUAUGACGUCACUCCUACAGCGAGGGAUAAGUACAAUAACAAUGUCCUACAUAUGGCGUGUGAGUAUCAGAGAGAAGAGAUGGUGACGUUGUUAUGGGACACUUACCCACACUUGGUACAUGACACUGGUUGGUCAGGACAAACCCCGCUCCAUGCUGUGGCGUGGGGAACAAACUGUUCUAUGUUUCAGACAGUGGAGAGGUUUGUACUUAACUCCUUAUAUAGAGUUGAGGACCAACAACAUAAGUGUGAGUCAGUCGAUGGUCGUGUGGUUCAUAGGAACUGUGUGUGUGCUCAGUACAUGGCUCAGUUAGUGAAUGAUGACGGGACAACGGUGUUACAUGCGAGUUGUGUGAGUGGAAACAGGGAGCUUUGUUUAUAUAUAUGUCGGUCAUACCCAGCACUAACAGCUGUAAGUAAGAACGACCGUCAUUGUCUACAUUACAUAGCUGGGUCAUUAGGUUUAGAUGUACUAGACUGGUUCACUGAGUGUGAAACUCAUGUAAAACAAUACCUAGAAUCUACAGGACGUAAGUAUGACAUCACAACCAUACUUGACUGUAACGGGGAAUCUGUUUUAGACAAGGCGAGGGAAAGGGCGAAGUUUUUGGGGACACAAAACGACCCGUUGUUAGAUCAUCUUAUUAAAGUGUUUGGUAAAUAG